AUGUCUUUUCAAAACAAAAAUUUGUACGAUUUAUUAGGUAAUGAUGUCGAAGAGGAUGCUGCUUCUUCAGCUCCAAUUAGAGAAGUUGUCAAGAAAAACACCUCUUCCAAGAAAUCAGAUUCCGCUCCUUCUUCAGCUGACCCUGCCAAGGCUAAGAAGAAGAAGCAACCAACUGGUAACGAAGCUGCUUUGAAAAACAAGAACUUCAACAAAGAUGUUGCUCCACCUCAAUCUACUGCCACCAAACAUUCCAAGAAACCAUUUGAUCGUCAUUCAAGAACCGGUAAGACCGAUUCUAAGAAGAAAUUGCAACAAGGAUGGGGUCAAAGUGACAAGAGAGAAUUAGAAGGUGAAGUUGAAGGUACUGAAGAUGCUGAAGCUGAAUUGGAAGCUGAAGCUGAAGAAAACGAUGAAUCUGCUAACGCUACUCCAAAGAAAUCGUUGCAAGAAUACCUUGCUGAAUUGGAAUUAUCAAAACAAGAAUUAGAAGGAUCCAAGAAACUCAGACAAGCCAAUGAAGGUGCUGAAGAAAAAUGGACCAGUGAAGAAAAGAUUGAAAAGGAACAAGAAGUUUUCUUUGCUUCCACCCACUCCAAGAAGGUCAAAUCCAAGGCCCAAAAGGAAAAGGUCUUUUUAGAUAUUGAUGCCAGUUUUGGUGACGAACAACCUCAAAACACCAGAGGCGGAUUUAGAGGUGGUAAAAGAGGUGGUGCAAGAGGUGGUGCCAGAGGUGGCGCCAAGAGAGGUGGCAGAGGUGGUGCUGCUAAACCAGAAGUUAAUGACAAAAACUUCCCAUCUUUGUAA